AUGCAACAAUAUUCGGAUCCAAUGCUAACAAAGAAUUUAACGCCUCAACAGCAACAAUCAUCGGACAAUCCUGUAAUGGCAACAAAAAUAAAUAAUAAUAAAACAACAUCGUUAGAUAUUAAUAAAAUUGCUCAGAAUGUGUGUAAAUUUUCUGAUGCACAAGGGUUUGUGGAUGCUUGGAAAUGGUUGAGUGAGGUGAAUAACAUAUUCGAUGGGUUACGGUUUAAUUCAAUACAAAAGCAACAAAUGGUGGAUAAAAUAUUAAGUGGUAGUGCUCUCAGAUGGUAUCGUAAUAAUAGCGAAAGAAUGAAAGAUUGGAAUAUGUUCACGAACGAAUUUGUACACAGAUAUGUUUUACAACAGCCACGAGAUCAACAAGAUAAACUAAUGGAACAAGAAUUGCUGAAUAGCCAUUCAGAUAUAAGGUUACCUGCUCAAAAAAAGCAGCAACAAUCAUCGAACGAUCCUGGAGCCUUUGGUAUUAGGCCCACAUUUGUUUCUAUGAACCAUAGCCAUCCAGCGAAUGUAGGAGCGAGACAACAUGCAGUAACAAUACCACCGAGUCAACAAGUAAUGAUUAAUACUUCGAAUCCAUUGCACGAUAUGAAAGAUUUUGUUAAACCGUUUUAUGGGAGUUCGAAAGAAAAUGCAAAGACAUGGCUAGAUGAUGUUAUUCAUUACUUUGGUGUUAGUCAAUUAUCAGGACAAGCAUUUGAAUGGUGGAAAUUACAAAGUAAAAACUUGAUUGAUUGGACAUCAUUUAAAAAAGAGUUGAUACAAAAAUUUCCUCCACCACUAGAACAAGCAAAUGAAGACUUGAUUCGGCAACAGCGUAAGCCAGGUGUUGAUGAACCAAUUCUUGAUUAUUAUUAUGCUAUGAUGCAUUUGUGCGAUAAAUAUGAUGUGAAUAUGUCGUAA